AUGCAGUUAUUCAACUCCAAGAAGCCAGCGUACCAGUCCACCGAGGCCAUCUUCCGGUCAGCGCCAAUGACCUUGGUGCAAUUCUAUGUCACCAUGGAGUUGGCCAGGGACUUGGUAUUCACGCUAGGAAACUUAGGCCAGGUUCAUUUCCGUGAUCUCAAUUCCAAAUUGACACCUUUCCAGCGAACCUUUAUCACUGAGCUUCGGAACAUUGACGGUGUGGAAUUGAACUUGACUUUUUUGUUCAGCAUGAUGGUGAAAUACUCCACUUUCAAGGGCGAUCCAUUCGCCAACUUGGUCGCUGAUGAAAACCCCUUGCCCACAGCUUCAGAGAUGGAAGAGAUAAAGGAAAGAGUGAGCGCGUUCCACGAUAAGAUCAAACACCUUGACGACUCCCACUCUGAGCUAGAACUUAAGAAAUACAAGUAUGUGGAGAACCGUCACGUUAUCAACUCUGUCCACAACUUCCACAAAUCAUCCUUAGUGCCAUCAAACCAGGAUGCCAAUGACGAAUUCCGUCAGUUCGAAAUAGAAGACGACGAUGAAGAGGCUUUACUUAAUGAAGGAAGAAACUCUGACUCAUUUGACAUAGACCGCAAUUCUUUGCACGAGACAAGCACCAACUUAGAUUCUGGAAACUUGUUCAAUUCCAUUUGCGGCGUAAUCGCUCGCGAGAAGGUCCCCAUCUUGAGAAAGAUUCUCUGGAGAACCUUAAGAGGUAACUUAUAUUUCAACGAUAUUCCAAUCGAUGAACCGCUUCCAGAGUCUUUGGAGAGAGCAUCUGACCUCACCCAGAAAAAUGUUUUCAUCAUCUACAUCCACGGUGAAUACUUGAGAGACCGCGUGCGCAGAAUUAUAGGCUCCUUGGAGGGCCACAUCUAUGACAACACGGGAGGUGGCGCUGGUGGAAGGCUUGAAACUCUCAAUGAACUUAAUGCAAAGAUCGAAGAUUUGACAAAUGUCGUUGAGUCUACCAAAAACCAUUUAAUUACUGAGCUUCUCGUCUUCCAAGAGAAAUAUACCGACUGGUACUAUGUUGUGAAGAGAGAACGCUCCAUCUUUGAGAUACUUAACAAGUUUGAUGAAGAUAGCACAAGACGUUGCUUAGUUGGUGAGGGCUGGAUUCCUCGCUCAGAAGUUGAAAAUAUCCGUCGUGCGCUCAAGAACUUGGUACGUGCCAAAACUGCCUCUGCCAACAAUCCGCUCGCGCUGAACCCUGAGCUUACCUUCUCCAAUGACACGUUGAAUACUCCUGGUGGUAAUGCCAAUACUGGCUUUACUGUCGGACACGAGGAUGAUGAUGAUAAUGAGGGUGGAAGCGAGGAUGAUAAUGACAAUGAUGAUCAAGAGUUUAACUUCGUUGCAGUCCUCAAUGAGCUUGCAACUACUAGAACCCCACCUACCUUCCACAAGACCAACAAAUUCACCCUGGGCUUUCAAUCAAUCGUUGAUACUUAUGGAAUUUCAACGUACCAAGAAGUCAAUCCAGGUUUGGCUACAAUUGUUACGUUUCCCUUCAUGUUUGCCAUUAUGUUUGGUGACCUUGGUCAUGGAUUUAUUGUGUUCUUGAUCGCAUUAUAUUUUGUUAAGAAUGAGAGGCAUUUCGAUUCGAUGAGGAAAAUGGACGAGAUUCUCGGAAUGGCUUACAGCGGUCGUUACAUUAUGCUUCUUAUGGGCUUUUUCUCCAUGUACACUGGCUUGAUGUACAACGAUAUAUUCUCCAAAUCAUUGACCAUUUUCAAGUCUGGCUGGACAUGGGAGUUCCCAUCUGAUUUCGAGCCAUCCCACAACACUAGUGUUCCUCUAGUUGCUUCCCGGAGAGGUCAUAGCGUGUACCCAUUUGGACUUGAUUGGGCAUGGCACGGUGCUGAGAAUGGUCUUCUUUUCACCAACUCUUAUAAGAUGAAAAUGUCGGUUCUUAUGGGUUAUAUCCACAUGACUUACUCCUUCUUCUUCAGUUUGGUGAAUUAUCGCUACUUCAACUCACGCGUUGAUAUCAUCGGAAACUUUAUUCCAGGUCUUAUUUUCAUGCAAAGUAUUUUUGGUUAUCUUUCAUUGACCAUUGUUUACAAAUGGUGUGUGGACUGGUUUGGAACAGGACGUCAACCACCUGGAUUGUUGAACAUGCUUAUUAAUAUGUUCCUUGCACCUGGAAGUAUUGAAGAACCGUUGUAUUCGGGCCAAGCUGUGGUGCAAAUUAUAUUAGUUUUGCUUGCGUUGUGCUGUGUACCAUGGUUGUUGGCAUACAAACCUAUGGUACUCCGGAAAGAGAAUCUUCGUGCGAAGGAGGCUGGUUAUAGCGACGUUCAUUCCCAGAUUAACCACACACUUCAACUUCAAGAAGAAGAGGAAGCGUUGGUUCUGCAACAUGAUGUUAACUCUGAGACACCAGGCUUACACCCUGACGACGAGGUCGACUUGUUGGACGAGGCCUUCCACUUCCCCAAUGAUAUCGAGCCUAUGGUUGGUACUUCAGGUCAUGGUGGUGAAGGGGAAGAAUUUAAUUUCAUGGAUAUAGUCAUCCACCAGGUGAUUCAUACCAUUGAGUUCUGUCUUAACUGUGUGUCACACACUGCCUCCUACUUGAGAUUGUGGGCGUUGUCUUUGGCACACGCUCAGUUGUCGAGUGUGUUGUGGACUAUGACAAUUGCAAAUGCCUUCGGGCCAACGGGCACCACAGGAAUUAUCAUGGCAUUCUUUUUGUUCGCCAUGUGGUUCACGUUGACUCUUUGUAUUUUGGUUAUGAUGGAAGGAACAUCUGCGAUGUUGCACUCUUUACGUUUACAUUGGGUCGAGGCAAUGUCGAAGUUUUUCGAGGGAGAAGGAUACUUGUUUGAACCUUACUCUUUCAAGAAUAUUGAGCUCUGA